GAACAAGUGUUCCACUCAUAGUAAUCGAUCCGUGAUUUUCGUCCAUUUUAUUUCCUUAAAUGAGGGAUCGAGAUUCACUGAAAUCUUGAGCGUGAAACGACGACGAAAUGGAUGACGUAAUCGAAAUGACCGGUGGAGGAACCAAUAUGGCGUACCACGGUCUCAGUCAACACGUGAACUUCGACGCGAUACCAGAUCCUGGUGAUCGUUUCGUGUUGGAGGAAUUGAUCGGCGAGGGGACAUACGGGGCGGUUUACAGCGCGCACUGCAACGAAACCGAGAAGAAAGUGGCGAUUAAAAUUUUGGAGAACGUCGCGGACAACGUGGAGGAAAUCGAGGAAGAGUAUCUGGUGCUGAGAGAUCUGAGCCACCACCCUAACAUCCCUCUCUUCUACGGGUUGUUCUUGAAAAGAGCGAAGCCUACUCAGGAGGAGGAUCAAUUAUGGUUCGUCAUGGAGUUGUGCACUGGAGGUUCGGUGACCGACCUGGCCCAAGGCUUGAAGAGGAAAGGAAAACGCCUAACGGACGACCAAAUAGCUUACAUCCUCAGAGAAACGGUCGAGGCGUUAAUUUAUUUGCAUAGCCGUCACUGCAUGCACCGUGACGUUAAAGGCCACAAUAUAUUGCUCACCGAAGAUGCCCACGUGAAACUGGUUGAUUUUGGCGUGUCGUCUCACCUCGUCGCCACGCUCGCGAGAAAGAACACCUCGGUCGGGACACCGUACUGGAUGGCGCCCGAGGUGAUAGCUUGCGAGCAACAACUAGAUUCCUCAUACGACUCCCGAUGCGACGUAUGGUCGAUUGGAAUAACAGCGAUCGAGUUAGCUGAGGGCGACCCACCUCUCUCGGAACUCCAUCCCAUGAGAGCGCUCUUUCAAAUUCCUAGAAAUCCACCCCCGUCCCUCAAGAAUCCGGACAUCCACAGCCCGGAAUUGGUGGACUUCAUCACGGAAUGUUUGGUGAAAGAUCUCGAGCACAGGCCGUUCGCCAGCGAAUUGAAGGAGCAUCCACUGUUAAUCAACGUCGAUCCUUUGGUGGAGAAGAUUCGGGACCAGCUUCGCGGGGAGAUCAAUCGGCAGAGGGUCGAAGGCAGGGUGCACAGGCAGCCCGAGGUGACCACCAAGCAUGGAAAAUUGAAGACUUAUCGAAAGGCCAAAGCGGAGAAGAUGUACAUGGACGAUUUGGCCGCUUUGGAUAUGCUCUCGGAGGAUGGUAUAGUCGAUCAGUUGCAGCACAGAUACGAGCAAGCUCAAAUAUAUACUUAUAUUGGAGAUAUACUCGUCGCUGUUAACCCCUUCACGAGUUUGGGAUUGUACACCGGCAUCGUGCAAAAGAGGUACAAGGGUCAGGCGAGAUCUGACAAUCCAAUGAGCAAAAGAGUCUCGCAAUUGCUAGGCGUGGAGGAGAGCGAUCUUCUGGAGGCAUUGACAUCGAACUCGGUUAUGACCAGGGGCGAGACGAUCACGCGAAACAAUACGGUGGCCGAGGCUUGCGCUGCGAGGGACGCGAUGGCGAAAGGGCUGUACGGCCGAUUGUUCGACUGGAUGGUCAAUCAAAUCAAUUGUUUGCUGUGUUUCAACCGGUCGCCGAGCUACGAGCCGCUCGCGAUCGGCCUCCUCGACAUAUUCGGCUUCGAGAACUUCCCCCGCAACUCGUUCGAGCAACUGUGCAUCAACAUAGCCAACGAGCAGAUACAGUAUUACUUCAAUCAGCAUAUCUUCACGUGGGAGCAGCAAGAGUACAUGGCGGAGGGGAUACCGGUAGAUCUGGUCGAGUUCUCGGACAACAGGCCCGUGCUUGACAUGCUGCUCAGCAAGCCUAUGGGGCUCCUCGCUCUGCUGGACGAGGAGAGCCGAUUUCCAAGAUCCACCAAUAAAUCUCUGAUCGAGAAAUUUCACAACAAUAUCAAGUCGAAAUUCUACGUGAGGCCGAAAUCGGACGCGGUUUGUUUCGCGGUCCAUCAUUUCGCCGGACGCGUGGUUUACCAAGCGGAAGGAUUCCUGGAAAAGAACAGGAACUUCCUCCCUCCUGAAGUCAUCCAACUCAUCAGGCAAUCCCAGUACGACAUGGUCCGUUUCCUGUUCCAAUGCCCGAUCACGAAAACCGGCAAUUUGUAUUCCGCUGUAUAUGACACCGAUUCCAAGAAAUUGUCACAAUCGAAUCAAAAUACGAAGGAACGUUACUCGAGUCGAGGGCUAGCGUCUCAAUCCAGAGUCCAGCAAACUGUGGCAACUUACUUCCGAUACUCGUUAAUGGACCUGCUGCAAAAGAUGGUGUCCGGAUCGCCGCAGUUCGUACGAUGUAUAAAACCGAACGACUCGAGGAGCCCACGUUUCUUCGACAAGGAGAAAGUGGUGAAGCAAUUGAGAUACACGGGGGUGUUGGAGACGAUAAGGAUCAGACAGAAUGGAUUCUCGCAUAGGAUACCGUUCAACGAGUUUUUGAAACGAUACUGUUUCUUGGCAUUCGGCUACGACGAACGUGUAAUAGCUAAUCGCGACAAUUGUCGCCUACUUCUGAUUCGUCUAAAGAUGGACGGAUGGGCAUUGGGUCGAACGAAAGUUUUCCUCAAAUAUUAUCACGUCGAGUUCCUAUCCAAGAUGUACGAGGAACAAUUGAAGAAGAUCAUCAUGGUCCAGGCGUGCAUCCGCAGAUGGCUCGCCAGGAUCAGAUUCAAGAAACAGAAAUGGCAGUUCGCCGUGUCCGUUGUGACUUUACAACGUCACAUACGUGGAUGGUUGUCGAGGAAACAUUUCUUGCAGGAGAUGAAAAAGAAACACGAGAAGGAGGAAGCAACUGUUCUACAAAAAAUGCUGGAGGAACAGAAAAAGAAAGAAGAGGAGGCUAAAAAGGAGGAAAACGAAAACGAAGAGGAAUCAAAAGAACCAUUGGAGAUGGAUAAUGCUGCGACCAUAAUACAGAGCCAUUUCAGAGGAUACACGAUUCGUAAACGCUUCGGACCCGAAUUGGAAGAGAAGUUCAAGACGAUCUUGAACAAUUACAACGAUAAAUUCGAGGCGCAUAACGCGUUGUUGCGCGAAGGAUUGAAGAACGAAGAAGCGGCGUUCAUCGUUCAACGGUGGUACAAGAAAGAGGAAAAGGUGAAGAAGAAGAAGAAAUCAUCGGUAAAUGAUCCGGUCCAUUACAAAUUAAGGCAAGCUGAUCUCAUACAAUUUUCUCAAAAUAUACAUAUGAAAAAUCAAGAAGUGCACAAGAACCUGCGGCACAACAAGCCAGGGAUACGGAUAAACGAGAUAGAGGAGCCGCCACCUGAUUACACACGGCCGGAAGGAUUCAGCAUGGUGCAGCCUAUCCUGCAAUAUCGAAGUGGAAAUCAAGUGGAGGGGGAGGAGACGAUCAAGUACUAUCGCGACUUGAAGGAUGAGAUGAGCAGUGGUUCGGACUUCGAAGACGAAGAAGUUGGCUGGGACUUACCGUUGAUACAGCUAGAAAAUGACAUUCAUCCAUUGACGAGGAAUCAAAUGGGACAGAUUCUGGAAGUGAACAUCGAGAAGAGAGAACGUUUGGAAGCUCAGGGCGACUUUGCGAUAGCAACGGAGCAACAACUCUCGGACAUAUGGCACAAAGCUUUGACAAAUCCAGCCGAGAAUCAACAACAAGGGAGCUUUCAGAACAGAGUGGGGUCAAAGAUUAAUCACGCGGCUGGCAAAGACAUGCGGUUCCCAGAAAGAUAUCAACACCGUGGACAACAAUCUUCAGUCGACCCUUCGAAUACCAACCAUACAAACGGCCUACGAUUCAAACGCAUAGACAUACGCAAUUUUGUGAACGAACGGCAACAAGCAUACGGCGGCCGGCAACAACAACGCGCCGCCAACGGGCACCAGAUCCCGUUCAAGGGUGGUUCUAAUUUUACAAACGGGCAAGCCGCGUUUGUUAACGGUCACAUCCCUUUAAAUAAUCAUCACGGAUCCGCGAACGGGCACGGAACCACAAUUAACGGCCAUCCGACCACGGUUAAUGAACAUCCAUCGGCGAACAAUGCGGCCAAAGGGCCUUCCACUAACGGGUAUCGAAAUAUCAUCACCGGUUGCCAGAACGGGUUGUUCAUUAAUAAAAUGGUGGUCGGUGAUGAUUUGAUCAAACCGUCGAAAAUAAGCAACGGUCUUAAGAGUAACGGUUGCGUUAAAGCGAUACAGGCUAAAGGGAACGACAAUUCGAAGAAGCAUAGGCAAGUGGCGAUGAAUGGGGAUAACAAUAAGAGGAGGAACGAUCGAUUGGUUAAUUGUCAGAACGCUAUCAAUGGGAGAUUAGGCGGGAGGAAAGAGGCGGAGAAAGAAACGUUUGGGAUUCCAACCGAUCUUAGGCAAAUUCUGAAACCAACCGUUCAGAAACGGCAAGAGAUAUUCAAGGUGGAUUACGAUCCGGAGGAUAUAAAUGGGCCGUAUAAUUUCAGACAGUUAUUGAGGCCGGCUGAAUACCUUCCCACCGAAUCUUUGAGAAAAAGGAAGGGCGGCUUGGCCUGCAACGGAGUUCCACCUUCAAAGGACGAACUUCCUAAGAAACACGUGAAAAGAAGAGCGCCGUUGGCACCAAAUCAGAAUAAGCUCGUUAACGGGAAGAAAUAAGUUUGAAGGAAGAUAUCUUCGACGUUCAAAUGAUUCCUUAGAAGUGUUUUAUAGUUAUUCUACCGGCACUGUUACUCGUUAGGUAAAUGUAGAAUAAGUAUUGAGCGUAUACGAAUUCCGGAGGAAGGAUGUUUUUAAGGAUACAUGAGCACAGAAAUGACAGAAGAUUUGAAGAAAGUAUACGAACACGAGUUACGAAUUGAUUUUUAUUCGAUUAAUGUAUGAGAUCAAUGUGUAAGUAAAUUUCUUUUAGAAAAAAUUUUCAUCUAAUUGGAAUUUUAAUUUUUUCUUUUUAUUCGAAUUGGAAAUGAUUAU